UGUAACGCAAUUAAACAAAGAUGGCACCGAACAUAAUAGGCAGCACCUUUAUAUUGGCUGAGACGGCCAUGGCUGAUGCCAAUAAUAAUAAGAUGUCAACAGCAGCAGCAACAACAACAACAGCAACAACAGCAGCGCCAGCAGCAGCAGCAGCACCAGUGACUGCGCCCAUCAAGGCAGCACCCAUGCCGGCAGCUAAGCCGGCCACGCCCCAAACGGAUGCCCAGAAAGCGACUGCAGCUGCCGAGCCCUUCAAGACCCAAAUCGUCUGGCAUAAUAUUGUGCUGUUCAUCAUCCUGCACUCGACGGCACUCUAUGGCCUCUACUUGAUACCGGCCGAGAGCGCCUACCUCGAAAUAUUGCCCAUUUAUCUGUUCUCGUUCUUGGGCGGCUUGGGCAUUACGGCGGGCGUGCAUCGUUUGUGGUCACACAAGGCGUACAAGGCGAAGCUGCCGCUGCGCAUCUUCCUCAUGCUCUGCCAGUCGCUGGCAUUCCAGAACAGCAUCUGGGAGUGGACACGCGAUCAUCGUGUGCACCACAAGUUCACCGAUACACAUGCCGAUCCGCACAACUCUCGCCGUGGCUUCUUCUUCGCCCACAUGGGCUGGCUGCUCUGCAAGAAGCAUCCCGAUGUGCGCGGCAAGGGCAAGCAGAUUGACAUGAGCGACAUUGAGGCCGAUCCCGUUGUCAUGUUCCAGAAAAAAUACUACUUUGUUGUGAUGCCAAUUUGCUGCUUUGUUGUGCCCAUGCUGAUACCCUACUAUCUGAUGGGCACCUCGCUGAAGGUCUGCUUCUUCAGCUGCUCGAUGCUGCGCUAUUGCCUCUCUCUGCACGGCACCUGGCUGGUGAACAGCGCCGCGCACUUCUACGGCAUGAAGCCCUACGAUGUGAACAUCAGCUCCGUCAACUCCAAACUGGUAUCGAACAUUACCUUCGGCGAGGGCUGGCAUAACUACCAUCACGUCUUCCCCUGGGACUACAAGGCAGCCGAGCUGGGCACCUACAAUGGUAACUGGACCACAGCCUUUAUCGAUCUGAUGGCCAAGAUAGGCCAAGCCUACGAUCUGAAGUACGUGUCCAAGGAGAUGGUGUACAAGCGUGUGCUGCGCACUGGCGACGGCUCCCACAUUGCCGCCCUGCUGGAUGCCAACAACAACUCCAGUGCCGCGCCCACAAACGAGCUGGUGAUGCACCUGGAUCACGAGAAGGAGGAGAACGCCGUCUGGGGCUGGGACGACAAGGACAUCAGCGAGGAGGAUCGCAAGCAUGCCACCAUUGUGAACAGUGUCGAGGAGAGCAAACAGGAUUAGACAAUGUUUGUGAAUUGCGUCCCGAAUGGUCUAUAUAACUCUCGCCGAUU